AUGAGAAAAGAAGAAAAUGAUGAAUAUUUGUGUCGGUUACUCAAAAAAAGUAGAAUUUAUUCUGAAUUUAAAGCUCUAAAUGCUGAUGACCGUUUACCUUUUUGCGAUCCUGCCACUUUUGAUAUAAGUCUUCCAGAGUAUGCCGGUUUUUCAACACAACUAAACAACUUUAAGGAAGAACUUCAUAGAUUCCUCGAUAGAAAAUGA